AUGGAGGAGGUGAUGGAGGUGGUGAUGGAGGUGGUGAUGGAGGAGCUGACAGAGGAGGUGAUGGAGGAGGUGAUGGAGGAGGUGAUGGAGGAGGUGAUGGAGGAGGUGAUGGAGGAGCUGAUGGAGGAGGUGAUGGAGGAUGUGAUGGAGGAGGUGAUGGAGGAUGUGAUGGAGGAGGUGAUGGAGGAUGUGAUGGAGGAGGUGAUGGAGGAGGUGAUGGAGGAAGUACAUCCUCUGCUGGGCCUUCUUGAUGAAGGAGCUGAUGGGGGCAUCUUCGAGACGGUGGAGAAUGAUCCAAUCGGAGUGGAGGAGCUGGCCUUCAAGUUCGCCGUCACAAAUAUCAACCGCAACCGCACGCUCAUGCCAAACACCACGCUGACUUACGACAUUCAGAGGAUCAAUCUGUUCGACAGCUUCGAGGCUUCUAGGAGAGCUUGUGACCAGCUGGCACUGGGCGUGGGCGCCGUCUUUGGCCCCUCUCAUAGCUCCUCGGUCAGCGCGGUGCAAUCGAUCUGUAACGCUCUGGAGGUGCCCCACAUCCAGACCCGUUGGAAGCACCCGUCAGUGGACAACAAGGACAGCUUCUACGUUAACCUGUUCCCAGAGUACGCCUCCAUCAGCCGGGCCGUGCUGGACAUCGUACAGUACUACAAGUGGAAGAGUGUCACUGUGGUGUACGAGGACGCCACCGGACUGAUCCGACUGCAGGAGUUGAUCAAAGCUCCUUCCAGGUACAGCAUCAAGAUCAAAAUCCGACAGCUGCCCACAGGAAGUAAAGAUGCACGGCCUCUGCUCAAAGAAAUGAAGAAGGGGAAAGAAUUCUAUGUCAUCUUUGAUUGCUCCUACCAGACAUCAGCCGACGUCCUAAAACAGAUCCUGUCCAUGGGCAUGAUGACGGAGUAUUACCACUACUUCUUUACAACGCUGGACCUGUUCUCCCUGGACCUGGAGCCGUACCGCUACAGUGGGGUGAACAUGACGGGCUUCAGGCUGCUCAACAUCGACAACCCCCAGGUGGCCUCCGUGGUGGAGCGCUGGGCCAUGGAGCGGCUGCAGUCCCCGUCCAAGGUGGAGCUGGGCAUGAUGGAGGGCAUGAUGACGGUGAGGACAGGGCUUUGGUAUUGA